CCGUGUGUCGGCCGGGCUCUCGGUGUGUGUGCUCGGUGUGUGUGUCCGCUGGGUCCCGGGCUUUGUGUGUGUGUGUGUGUGUGGAGGAAAGUGAUCCAGCACCGGCCGCCCGGUCCUCAGCGUGUCCCCGGGUCCGAGCGGUCGUCCAGAAGCGGGCCGGGCCGGCGGUGCGGGCCUUUCCCCGGAGCGCUCGGUAUGGGACGGACGGAGCCGUGAUUGACGGAGAGUGACGGCCGGUCCCGGAACCCGGAAUCCAGCAGAGGCCGCAGGACGCAUGAGGAGGGAAACACCGCCAGGCCGCGUGUAAAGCUGCAGCGCGUCUUGAACCUGUGAAGCAGCGGCCGCAGCGUCAGGCUUGACGAUGGGUUGUGUGAAGAGUAAGGAAGAUAAAGGUCCCGCUCUGAAGUACCGGCCCGACAGCUCCAGCAGCACGCCGGUCAACGCCCACCUGGGCCACUACGGGCCCGACCCCACCCUGAUGGGUCACUCCCCCGCCAUGAAGACGCACGGCAGCUACAACAGCCCCGCCGCUUCCCUGACGCCGUUCGGCGGCGCGUCGUCCACCAUGACGCCCUUCGGCGGAGCGUCCACCUCCUUCGCCGCGGUGGCGGUGAGCAGUCCCUUCCCCGGGGUCGUCGCAGGCGGGGUGACGUUUUUUGUGGCGUUAUACGAUUAUGAAGCUCGAACCUCUGACGAUCUGUCAUUUAAAAAGGGGGAUCGUUUCCAGAUCAUCAACAACACGGAGGGCGACUGGUGGGAGGCGCGCUCCAUCAACACCGGGCAGAAAGGCUACAUCCCCAGCAACUACGUGGCUCCAGCCGACUCCAUCCAGGCUGAAGAAUGGUACUUUGGUAAAAUGGGAAGGAAAGACGCUGAGCGCCUCCUACUGCUUCCAGGGAACCAGCGAGGAACGUUCUUAGCUCGGGAGAGUGAAACCACCAAGGGAGCUUACUCUCUGUCCAUCCGGGACUGGGACGAAGUGAAGGGAGACAACGUGAAACACUACAAAAUCCGCAAACUGGACAACGGAGGUUAUUACAUCACCACACGGGCCCAGUUCGAGACGCUCCAGAAGCUGGUGAAACACUACACAGAGCAUGCUGACGGUCUGUGCUACCGGCUGACCACGGUGUGUCCCACAGUGAAACCACAGACUCAGGGACUGGCUAAGGAUGCUUGGGAAAUCCCUCGAGAGUCGCUCCGUCUGGAGCUGAAGCUGGGCCAGGGCUGCUUCGGGGAAGUGUGGAUGGGCACAUGGAAUGGCACCACGAAAGUGGCCAUCAAGACCCUGAAGCCCGGCACGAUGUCUCCAGAGGCCUUCCUGCAGGAAGCGCAGAUCAUGAAGAAGCUGCGACACGACAAACUUGUGCCUUUGUAUGCCGUGGUGUCCGAGGAGCCCAUCUACAUCGUGACAGAGUUCAUGGGCAAAGGUAGUCUGCUGGACUUCCUGAAGGAGGGCGACGGCAAGUACCUCAAGCUACCUCAGCUGGUGGACAUGGCCUCACAGAUCGCAGACGGCAUGGCCUUCAUCGAGAGGAUGAACUACAUCCACCGAGACCUGAGAGCGGCCAACAUCCUGGUGGCUGACAACCUGGUGUGUAAGAUCGCGGACUUCGGCCUGGCCCGGCUCAUCGAGGACAACGAGUACACAGCCAGACAAGGUGCCAAGUUUCCCAUCAAGUGGACGGCCCCAGAAGCUGCGCUGUACGGCCGCUUCACCAUCAAGUCCGACGUCUGGUCGUUUGGUAUACUACUGACGGAGCUGGUGACCAAGGGCCGAGUGCCGUACCCCGGGAUGGUGAAUCGGGAGGUGCUGGAGCAGGUGGAGCGCGGGUACCGGAUGCCCUGCCCCCAGGGCUGCCCCGAGUCCCUCCACGACAUGAUGCGCCACUGCUGGAAGAAGGAGGCGGACGAGCGGCCCACCUUCGAGUACAUCCAGUCCUUCCUGGAAGACUACUUCACGGCCACGGAGCCGCAGUACCAGCCCGGAGACAACCUGUAGGCCCGGAUCAGGACCGGAGCCCUGAACCAGGGGAACGCACCACCACACACUCUGCCUUCAGCGGGACUCGUGUGAGCCGGCCACAACACUGUGAUCAACCAGAGAGAGGUGGAGAGUCCAGCUCCUCGCACAUGCACACCUUGUUUCUUUAAGUAUUGAUUCCUCGACAGUUUCUCCAGUGAUUUUUGCGUCCCAGCAGGAGUCUUUACUGUCGGUCGUUCUGUGUUCGAGUGAGGUCUGGACGGGGAGGUUGCUGAGUGUGUUUUGGAGUGACCAAGGUCUUGUGGGUAGGAUGAAGAGUGUGUGAUCUGAGUGAGGACCAUGGGAGGCUGCUGGACGCCGCCGACAUGUCUGGAUAAGAAAAGUAUUUCUGGCAGGUAGAUGAUUGAGGAAUACAGUUCUUUUUGUAUGGAUCUUUGUAGCUCUCUUAAGUUGUUUUGAUGCUUUUAGUUUGUUCUCUUUAAAUCAGAGACUUAAAAUCUUACAGACAUUUUCAUUUUUUCCUCGUUUCACACUUUAUGUUUGAUAAUGGACAUUUCAUUGUGAGGCUUAACAUUUGUUUCGCAGCUCAGAUCACUGCAGAAUGAUCUUUUAUUUCACACAGAUUGAUGGAUGGAUGGAUGGAUGAUAUUUUAUGAUUGGAUGGAUGAUGGAUGACUGGAUAAAGAAUGGAUGGUGGAUGCAUGGCGGAUGCUCUGUGGCGUGAGGCUCUGGAAGCAGCUGUACAGAUGUUUGAAAGAGCAGCUGGUCUGGUUGCUCAGAGACCAGAUGGAUUCUCAGGACGUGCCUAUGGUGGCCCGGAAGGGCCACAGUCACAACACUGCAGCAGAAGACCCAGCACUACAGCAAAAAGACACACACACACAGUGUUUGUCUGUUUCACUCUGAUUCAAUCAGUCUGUCUCAGUCUGUCUCAGUCAGUCAGUCUGUCUCAGUCUAUCUCAGUCAGUCUGUCUCAGUCUGUCUC